AUGGCCAUGCCAGCACAAGCUGCAGCUUUCUUGAUUGUUUGCUGCCUCCUUGGGUCACAGGGCCACCUGACUUCGCAGCAUGGCUGUGAUGUACUGGACUGUGAGGACAGCACCGCGGCUCUAGCAGCUGUUCAACUCUCAGCGUCAAUGGAGCGUAAUGCCGGGAUUGCGACCUCAGCACAGGGUCUCCAGGCAUCUAGCUGCUUGUUGGCAGCACCAGAGCUUUCUGUGGCCGUUCGCGACUUUCUCAACAAGAUGGGCUCGAGUCGAAAUGCUGGUGCAGAUGCUGGCUCAGCUCUUGCGGAGGCUGCAUCGAAGGCAGGUUGUGAUUUGGCUCAGUGGAACGCGGGACUUGCACGACGAACUGCCAAGCAGACGGCUGCUUUGGUAAGCCUAGUGGAGUCGCUGGGCAAUCUGCGCCUGAGACCCUCCAGGCAGGAAUCUAGCAGCAGAGCUGAGGCUACCUUUGUGUUUGAGAGUUUUGAUGAGAGUGGUCGUGCUGGCACUGGUAUGUUGGGGGAAGGCUGCCAAGGCAAAAGCGUAUCGGAGGUGGCCAUCACAGUGUCGCAGGAAGGGCCAUUCCUUUGGACCAACCUCACCGGUGCCAGCAUGCCCUUCAAGAUAGGGCCUCCCUGUGCUAACACAAAUCUUAUCUCGGGAACCAUGUGGCCUACAAAGGUCACGCCCCAGGGGAUAGUGGGCGGAAUCAAAGCUGCCUUUGUCAAUCUACGGUCCACUAUGUCCGGGACCUGGAGUACGGGGUCUCAAGGCUUUAACGGUAACAUCACUGUGGCUUUUGACGACCUCCUCAAGGUGGAGUGGACCUGGGAGCCAGAAUCCUGA